AUGUUUGGAGGAAAUCGUGUAUUUCGUGGUAAAAAGGAGCAAGAAGCGUAUGAUAAAACCCUUGCCGGGAAGUAUCUUAAAUUAGUGAAAAAAAAUCAUUUUGUAUUUUUUGGUUUACCAUUCUUAUUAUCCAUAGUAGCAGGUUCAAUUUAUCUACAAAAUUUCACCGCAGUUAAAUGGGAAAGGUAUGAUGAAAAGUAUCGUCAACUUGGAGAAGAAGAAAUGUUGAGUGUGAUUGAAAAUAAACGUCCAGUUGAUAAAAAGAAUGAUUAUUAUCGUUUACAAGGGUUUUUACAAAAUCAAACGAAUGAUGAUUAUGAAAUGGUACGUGUUCCAAGAAAGAAAGAAGAUGAACCAGUAUGGGAUAGACAAUAA